UGUGAGUACGUAGCAAAUAAAGAAAGGCAACUUUUUUUCUCCCUCAGUCAGCUCAGCGGCGUGUCACUGAUUUCACUCGCGACUUCGGACACACAGUGGUGAAAGACUGCGUCAGGAUGGUGGCGAAGCAGCGAAUCCGCAUGGCCAACGAGAAGCACAGCAAGAACAUCACGCAGCGGGGAAACGUCAAGUCGUCGAAAACUAACACGGACGACAAAGGGUCAGUGGGACCGUGGCUCCUGGCGCUCUUUAUCUUUGUCGUCUGUGGAUCAGCCAUAUUCCAGAUCAUCCAGAGCAUCCGGAUGGGAAUGUAACCCCGGAAGCACAGAUGACGCCGACACAGCGACGACUCAACACAUUCCUCCAUCCUCCUGCUUUUGCAAUAAAGGACUUUUCGUUUAAUUGAAGUGAUUCGGUUUACUCGCAACAAGUGGCUCGGUGUGCGAUUCCUUUUCCUGUGCCUUAUUUCCUGUGCAAGGAAAAAUUUCCAUCCGCUACGCUUCGUUCUUUCAGAUGUGACGAGUCUUAAUUACUUACAUUCCUUUGCUGCAGGUGGUCAUUUAAAAAAAUUAUCCCGUCUUUUUUUUUUUUUUUCUUUUUUUUUUUUAUAUAUAUAUAUAUAUAUAUAUAUAUAUAACCGACAAAAAUUUGCACAAGUCGGGAGUGGAAGACCUUCUUUCGCUUUUUUUUGACCACUAAUCACUUGAUCGUUUCCUCUUUGAUUUUGACAGUAUUUUCCCGACGUGUGCUACGAUCCAGAUUAGUCUUUCUGGGACUCAAAUGGGCUUCAUCUCAGUUGCAGUUCUCAGGCACAUACAGUAGUCAUGGGGUGAAACAAAUAAUGUCAUCAAGAGCAUGGUUUCUGUUUGUCCUUUUCUUUUUUUUAUCCACCACAGGAAAUUUCUUUGUAUUUGGAUGGCAAAGUGCUGAGGAUUUUUACUUACUUGCAAAUUAAUGUUUGGCAAGUAAAAGUCAAUAGUAAAAACCAGAAAGGAUUUUUUUUAAAACUAAUGAAAUUAUACGCAGUAGCGCCCUCUUGCGUCCACGAGUGAAUAACGCUAUAUAUUUGGUGGGUUUCUGUUUUUAUUGCAGGAUUGAUUGAUUAAAAAAUAUCUAUUACUAUG